AUGAGCUUCCAGAAACAGGAUCGUGAUGAUAAAGGCAGCGACAGCACAGGAUGGGCCGCUUUAGGAAUCGCUGCCAUCGGCGUGGGAAUUGGCGUGGGACUCGCUUACCUUUUCAGUGGGUCCUCCAAGCUACCGCACUGUAGCCGGGCGACAAAUGGUGCUGGCGCGUCUACUAAAAGGAGCAAUAAGAAGUAUCGACGGCGCAAGGCGGGUUGCGUGACAUGUUCCGUGUGCAUUGAGGACAUCGCCUCGAUAGUGACGCUGCCGUGUGGACACCGCUUCCACGACAAGUGCGUCAGGCGUUGGGUGCAAGGCCUCGAAAGUUGCCCAAACUGCAGAAGGCCGACGACACUGGACCAGCUGAAGUGUUCGAGU